AUGGACCAUUAUGGAAUUUGGAUUACAGUGGCUUUGGCAGAGUGUACUUUGCAACCACACAUAGUUGAUGGUAUCAAGACAUCUAUAUAUAAAUUUCCACACUCAGUAUUCUUGAUAGUAGACACAAAUGUUACAGCUAUUCAAUGUGGAGGAUCAAUAAUAAACCAAAGAAUAAUUCUAACAGCCGCACAUUGCUUAUAUAAUGUAAGAAUUGCAGCGGAUAUAACAUCGUAUGCAGGAAGCGCUCGAGCACAAGACGGAGAGGAGUUUGAAACAUUGAGAUACGCGAUUCAUGACGCUUUUAAGGAACAAACACUUGCCAACGAUAUUGCCUUGAUUCUCUUGAAAAGAUCUUUGCCUUUAGGGGCGCAUAUGAAAAGAAUAGCUGUUUACAGAAUUCCACCAGUGAGAACGUUUGGUAUUGUUGCUGGAUGGGGGCUUCUUUAUGAUAAUCCAAUGGUAGAUACUAAAUGGCUACAUGCAACGAGGCUGAAAGUCUGGACCCGUCGAGAGUGUAUAAAAGUUAUUCCAGGAAUUCCAAAGGGAACUUUAUGUGCUGGUGACCUUAAGAAUACAGGACAUGCUUCCAAGGGAGACUCUGGAAGCGCUCUGGUCGUCGAUAAUUUCAUUCAAAUCGGAAUAGUAUCAUUUAGAAAACAUUCAAUUAUAACCACUCUUGGAGGUUACACAAACGUAUCCUACCACUAUACCUGGAUAGCUAAAACUGCAAGAAGAUUAUAUUGUAAGAAGAAAAAACAUAAUAAAUAA